GUUUUAAAAUUGACAAGAUGAUGUAAUAACGAAAAAAAAAUUGAUUUUUUAUUUAAAAAAAAUUUAAUAUGUCAAAAUCUACAAAAUUGCGAUCCCCUGAUAAGCAUUCCAAUAAAUCGUCAUCCAGCGAAACAAAGAUGAUUCAAAAUCAACGAGUAACGUCAAGAACUUGUCCAAAAACAUGCCCGAGACAUCAACAAUUAAAACGAAAUCUUCCACCACCAAAUCAAACUCGAUUAACUUCACUGGAUGAUGGAAGCGAAUCAUCGGGAAUUUCACCAGAACGCAAUCAACGUCAAAAAUUAUCAAAAAAACAUGGAAAUCGUCUCAACAUUGAUUGUAAAGCCCUGGACAAUGCGAACGAGGGGUACCAACAAAUUAAUUGCAACGACACAAUUUGGACAAUAAAAAUAAUGAAAGAUGCCGCAAAUACCGCAAAAUGUUUAAAUUAUAACCCCGCAAUCGUUCAAACGAGCUUAACAACAAUCAUAAACGCGAAUAAAUUAGAAACUUUAUUACCCAUUAAAGAACGUUAUAAAGAAGAAUUACCCUCAGAAACAGCUUUAUCCUCCUCAAAUCGUCCUCAACGACAAAAAAAAAUUCAAACUGAAGUUCCCACUGAAGGUUUCCUUGUGUGUGUACCAUGUCAAGAAGCUUUGAUGCGCCAAAACCAACCUGCUUUAGCAAUAGACGAAGUCAAAAUGAAAGAAUCGAAAACUACUCAAGAUAAUCAAAGAUGUGAACCUUGUAGUAGAUCUCGAUCGAGAAGUAGAUCGCCGAAAUCUUGUUGUAUGUGCUUCCGGAAACGGAAGAAAAGGUAUCCUCGACAAAAAUCAGUACGUAUUGUAAGACCUGAUUAUCAUACUAAUUGUAGUGAAAAUUAUAUUUGUUGAAUAAACUAAUUAAAUGG